AAAACCGUAUAUAUACUCCAUUAAUUUAUACAAUAUAUUUCAUAUCCCUAAGUUCCAUUUGAUCAUCCACAUGACUUUAUUAAUACCCACAAGGUUACUGCUUUCAUCUUUAAUUAGCUAGGAGCCCAUCACAAAGGUCAUGUUCAUGUGGAAAUAAGGAGAAAGAGAGGGAUAGAAGCAAGAACAAUGGCGGAAUUGCUUAGAGAGAGAAUGGACGGUAAUGAUCGCGUUGUGAGACGACGAAAGAGUUUAACUGAACGGUUAGGAUCCAUUGCAUGUUGUGGGACCACUUUAUGUCUCCGACCAGCUUCGUUAAGUGUAAUGGACGAUGAAGAGGAGGAGUCGCUGCAACCACCGCCGGAGGAGGCGGAAGUAGGCCGUGAAACACCUCCGGAAAUAGAGUCAGUUAAUAUUUUAUGCUUGGCUGAUCAUAUUCCUACGGGUUCCGGGAUGAACUUAGCGGCGGCGUUACUGGCGGAGCGUAAUUUAAGAUCGGCCCAAGAUUCUGAUGGGCCAGGCCCAAAUACAAGCCCGUUGAGAUCCAACGAAGAUGGGCCGGGUACUGGAGAAGGAACGCCGUAUAGGGUGUCGUUGAUGAAAUUGUUAGAGGAAACGAACGGCUGGGAUGAGAAGGAAGAAUUAGGGGUGGGUAAUGAUACGGUGUGCUGCGUGUGCAUGGGAAGGAAAAAAGGAGCAGCAUUCAUACCAUGUGGACACACAUAUUGUAGGGUGUGUUCAAGAGAGCUUUGGUUAAACCGAGGUUGUUGUCCCCUUUGUAAUAGAUCCAUUCUUGAAAUUCUCGACAUUUACUAAAGAAAAAAGUCAUGGAUUAUUGUGUUGAGAUUUCUCAUCAAAUGGAUUUGACUUUAUGAAAUUCUAAGGGACAACGAAAAGUAGUACUAAUAAAAUUGUUCAUAAGUUACACCAUUAAGUCGGUCAGAAAAAAAAAACUUCAUUUCAUUUUCGUACGAGUAAAUCUGAUCUUCAUUUGUCAAAAAAUCUACACAUUAAUUUGUCUCUCUCCCAUAGAAAAAAUGGUAGCUUG